AUGGAAUUAUUAUUAUUUAACCACCAAGAAUACGAACGUCUUUAUAAUUGUACUAAUCUCGUAAUUGAUUCAAUUCCGAUAGAAAAACGUCGUUUAACACUAUUAGCUUUAAUUAAUUUAAUUUUGGGAAUAAUAUAUUUUCUGCUUUAUUUGCCCUGUUUGUUUUCUAUUUGGAAACAGCAUUGGAAGAAUGAUUGUUAUACAAUACUUUUAUUUAUUGGGAUUGUUGAUAUAGUUGGAUUGAUUAUUACCGGCUUUUUACACCCUAUACUUGCACUACUCGGGGCUGUUUUUUGUUCAUAUCCAACACUUAUAUUUAUUGCUGGGGGAGUAGCUAAAUGUAAACAUUAG